AUGAAAAUUACAAUAAGAGCAAUAAAGGAGAGGAUUAUGAUCAAAAAAAUCAAAAACAUGUAUUAUUUUGAAUUGAUUUUUUAAAUAGCAGGCAUCUUGAGUAGGAUAUAAUCUAAUAUGUUAAUAUAAUAAUUAAUUUAAAAUGA